AUGAGCGAAGCUGAACAUGCUGAAACCUUUCCUUUUGAGCGUCUACCCCUGGAGCUACAGAGACACGUCCUCACCUACGUACUCCCUCAAAACCAGAGCAUAAAGUUCAGAUGGGGACCAUAUCCCGAGCAACCCGACUACAGACCCAAAUGGAUCAUCGAGACGCGACCAAUAGGCGCCGUGCUUCCUUGGGAGAACCAUCACGAAAGGGAAAUGAACGGUAACCAGCACAUCAGUAACAGUCUAUCUGACUAUGCCGCUUUGAUACGCGUGAAGACCCUAGCACAGGAAGCGAAAGCCCUCUUCCUCCACACCAACGAAAUCACCCUCGUCAUCACCUCCAAACAAUACACCUCCGAACUGCACUUCGGUCCUUUUAAGCUCGAUUCCCGCCGCCUCAACGUACACACACUGCGCGACAUAGAAAACCUCCGCAUCAUCCUGAACAUCGGAUCUGGGGAUAGCACGGCCGCGCCGUGUAACCGGCUGCGGACGCGCUUACAGCAGAUCGUCACGCAACUUACUCUUCACGCCGAGGACAAGGAUCAAAAGUCUCUGUUGAAGAAACUUGAGAUCAGUGUUGCGGUUGAUGGUCUUGAUCUCGUGGAUGUCAAGGAAGUCGGGCUGGAAGAUGUGGAUGAUGGACCUCUUGGGUAUCUGGGUGCGAUGGACAUGGCUGGGUUUAUGGAGCCAGCUCCCGAAACGAAUCCUUAUGUGCCGCAUUUUAUGUUCGCACUUGAACCGCUCGUGGGACUUUUUCCCAGUGUGGUUGUUGAGAGUGUGAGGGUGAGGGGUGUGCCGAGCUGGUUUGCUAGGUGUCUUGAACUUUGUGUAAGGGGUCAGGGUGGUGAGUUGGUCGAGUUGGACUGGGGGUGUGAUGUUGUAAUGAGGCAGGUUGGUGUGGGCGUUGCGAGGAAACGCCGGGUUAGUGUUACGAGGAAGAUGUGGAUGCAGCCGGUUUAUGACUGGAGGCGGUAUGCUGAGGAGAAUGGGAUCGAGGUUGAUGAUUGA